AUGCAUCGUGUCUGGCUUAUCCAAGACCUGCUGAUCUACAUACUUGGAUCACUAGAACAUCCAGAGGUCCUCCGCCUUGGUAUGACCUGUCGACACUUAUGGAAGUUUGCGCACCCGCGCCUCUGGACCCACUUGGGCACUGCCAAAGCACUUUGUGCGAUUCUACCAGAUGAAGACCAAAUCCAAAUCCCUUCCGAUGCCAGCGAUAGCUGUACCCUUUCGCGUCCUCUGACUGCAGUCGAGUGGCAUCGGUUCAAGUCGUCGUCCAUGUGGACGAGAACGUUGAGCAUACCGGAUACAGGGGCCGACACAAGCUCCGAGGACAAUACAAACAGCGACGAUUCAAGUAUGUUCACGAAUUCAGAUACGGACGAUUGGGGGCCCACCUUUCGUGCUCUCACCUUGCUUUCGACCGCCGGUCAGGAUGCCUAUCUAUUUCCGCGAUUAGAGGCGAUUGACGUCGGCCUCUCAAGCCCUCCUGCGGCACGCGUUUGCUCCGUUCUUCUGUCCCACCUGACCUUAAUCAGGGUGGAAAUCACUCUGUGGGAUUCCUUCGGAAUGUGGUAUGAACAGGGGGCACCCCACCUUUGGAAUGCAAUGUGUUCCAGCUCGAGGACUCUGCAACACCUUUCUAUUAGCUUGCAUUUAGGCAGCUUGUCUCAACCCGGUGGACUCCUCCUCUCCGGGGACCUUCUACAUUGUAUGGGAAGUCUAACCACUUUGCGAUUACUCGGAAUAGAGUAUAACGAGGAACUGAUUCGCCAAGUCAGCCGCAUAUCGAGGUUGCAAGAGUUGCAGCUGGAAUUCUCAAUCAAUAACCGAGGGGAUCUAUGUCAUCCGAGCGUGGCCUGUCUCGGGGAGCUUCCUGUCCUGGAGCAUUGGAUCAUCAGAACGACGGGGAUGGCCGUUACACCAAACUUCCCACGUUUGCUGCACCGCAUCCUUUCGCCCCACCUACGGUCAGUGACCUUAACAUGGUCACAGGAGCUACCGCAGAUGGAAGAGACCUUUUCCCUACUUAACCAGUGGAGCUCCACUAUUGAGGUGCUGCGAGUGCAUGUACGCGAGCAACAAAAUCAAGCCCCGGUGAAGAAGGCACUGACUCUUUUGACGCUGUUCCCGCAUCUCCGUUACCUAGAUUUCUAUUCCGACGACCUACUUGAGAUAUCGGACCUUGAGAUCGCACAUAUUGCCACCGCAAUGCCACGGUGGGAAGUCCUGCGCUUCUAUACUUCUUCCAUCCAACGACCGUUCUGCACGCGACAGGCGCUGAUUCAUAUCGCGUGCUCACUCAACCACCUCAAACGUCUCACGCUGGAUCUCAAUUUCGAUCUUCCUGAGGAAUUGUUGACAUUUCCUCUUCCAACCCACAUUCGACCCAGCUCACGCCUAACUGAGUUCCAAACUCAAAGCAGCCUAUGCACCCAUCCGGACAAUACCGCAAAGUUUCUCUAUCUUCUAUUCCCCCACCUCAACAGUUUUGGUUCCUACGCAUCCCAGCAUCAAUGGCCGGGCAAAGAGCAGCUUGCCGAGGCCCUUCGAAUUACUUUUGAAGGAUAUUGA